CAGGCCCAGUGAGAGAUCUUGUGGCCCGUCGGAUCCGAGCGCAGCUUCAGUGCUUAACCAUCAGGCUGGAGCGGUGCUGUAUCAUCUGUCCACCAGUCUUGCUCCGUCCCUGACCCCAGAGAAACUUGGCCCUCAGAGUCCAAAGGCUUGACAACGGAUAUGAUUAUCAGUUCUCCUUUUGACCUAAGAAAUUUCUCUGUCUCGGUAGUCACUGGAGCGCCUUCAAGAUGAUGGUGGAAAAUUUAUACAGAGCAUCCCAGACAAGCCAUGUAUCAGUACAUCAUAGGACAAAGUUUGAUGCGAAGAAAUUGCUGACCCUGUGGACCCUGCUAUGUGGUGGUGUUGUUGUGCUUCUUUGGGGGUUUUUCAGUUUCCCUAGAAAAUUUGGAACCUCAAGAACAACGAGAAAUAAGACGUGUGACGAUGAAGCAAAGAUAUGCAUGAAUGCCUGGCAUAAAAUUAACCAGAACUGCUUCUUCCUUGCCCAACAUGAAAACUCAUGGCCCGUCGCAAAGCUGAAUUGUGGAAACUUAGAAGCACACCUGGCUAAGUUCAACAACAAGAAUGAACUGGAAGCUUUGAUGAGCCUUGUGAAUGAAGGAUCUUCAUAUUGGAUUGGACUGAACAAACAAAAUUUGGACAAACUCUGGCUUUGGACAGAUGGAACAAAAUACAAUGAUUUGAAGGAAAUUCAUGAUUACGGAGAGUGUGCCUUCCUGCACAAACGGGGCAUAGACAGUACCACCUGUGAUGACCUGAGAGACUAUAUCUGUAUGAAAGUAGGCCAGUGUCCUUGAAGGUUUCUUCAGUCCAAAAAAAAAAAAAAAAAAAAAAGAGUAACAAUGUCUUAUAUUGUACAUGUUAAACCCAUGGUGAUGUGUUUUCCUUCACAUCAACAUUGCUUUGAAAUCUAAUUUGACUGAAGAACAUGCAUAUAAAUUUUAUCUUCAACGAAAUAGUUAUUAAGAAGCCUAGAGAGAAGGCUAAGAUUGAGAUGGUACUUGCUGAGUCAUCGAAAUUGGCAGGUUUGAGGCUAUGGGAACGAAGGGCCUUGCUUGGAAUUUAUUCAUUGUGGUGGAUCACUCGGGAGAGCAGAGGAAAAGAGAAAGAAAGAUCCUUUGUUUGUCUGAAAUUGGUUGAAAUCUGAAUAAAGGAGAAAGGAGCUGUGAGACGAGAUGAGCUGGGAAGUGUUUCAUUUGUCCUCAAUACAAGGUUCAUGUGGAACUGUGAACGAAGGCAUAAUGGGAAACUAUUCUGAUCCGGAGCCUUGAGUUGUCACUGGAGACCAAACACCUCUCAACAGGUCUCUAGACACUCAGUCAUACUGCUAAGCUGAAGGACUAACGAUAACCUGGAUUUGUUGUUGCCAUCGUUCGGAAAGAGCGAAAGGAGGCAAGUUUUGUCAUGAGUCACUGUGAGCUGAACAUGAGCAGUCAUAAGUAGAGAGAAACACGAAGGGAGAACCUUGGUGACCUCGAAGGAUCCGUAGAGAUUAGCAUGGAUUCCCCAAAGCCGUUUCACUCAGAUUCUGGAUAAUAUUGAAAUGGUCUUGAAGGAAAGAGGGAGAAGAGGUUAACACUGGUCAUCAUUAAAAAUCUCUUCAACUAC